ACAUAUAAACGGAAAAAAAAAAUCACCUAACUGCAAACGGAAAAACAAUUUUACAAACUGAGCUGGACGGCCACACGCCCAGCCCUAAUCUAAAGACUCAUCUACAUUCUACUAAGGCGGGUGAAGCAGCAGAGGGGAAGUAAGGAUACUGCCGACAAAUAACAAGUGGUGCUUGUUUUGAUGUUUAGAAUUAGUUGCAAUGGCGCACAAAAGCAUCUUUUUUCCUGCCUUUAUUCCACAGUUGCGGCGGCGGCGGCGGCACCUGCUAAUGUAUUGGCGGAGUUCCUGGUAAACUCACUUGACUUCUCAACAAAAGAAGCCAUUUCUACAAGCGCCAAGCUAUCUCGUACUAAACACAGACACUAUGACCCGCAUUUGUUAUUUGAUCUCCUUGAUGAAAUGGGUAUGAACAAAUCACAGAUCAAAACUCUUGUUUCUUCUUCUCCUCAAUUGUUGUUUUGUCGUGUUGAUGAAAAUCUCAAACCCAAGAUCAAGGUUUUACAAGGACUUGGCUUGUCUGUAUCUCAACUUGCUACAUUUAUGAGAAGAAGCAAUUUUUUGACAAGAGGUUUAGAUACUAUUAUACAGCCUAAUCUUGUUUAUCUAAGAGAUUUAUUGCCUACUCAUCAUCAUGUUGCUAUGAUUCUUAUAAAAGAGCCUAGGUUGUUUUCCUACAAUCUUCCUAAAGUUAUGCCACCCAAUAUAUCAUUGUUGCAAAAUUUUGGCUUUUCAACGCCUCAUAUUCUCAAGGCUUUUCACAGGCAUCCUAGGUUUCUCCUCAAUAGUCCUGAGUGGUUUGAGAGAGCAGUACAUCGACUAGUAAAUGAUUUUCAUAUGCCUCUCACUUCAGGGAUGUUUCUUCAUGGCGUUGAAGUACUUGUGUUGCUUGAUGAAUCUAAAUUAGAAAGGAAAUUAGAUAUUUUUCGCAGUUUUGGAUGGUCUGAUUCUGAUAUCUGCCGAAUGGUGCAAAAGCUUCCUUACUGUUUGGCUUCAUCAGAGGCUAAGAUAAAGACUACAUUGAAGUUUUUCAUGAACGAAUUGGGGUAUGAACCUAAUUAUCUGGCUUCUCGUGCACCGCUUUUAAAGUUUAGCAUGGAGAAGAGGAUCGUGCCAAGGAAUGAAAUCUUGAAAUUUCUUAAAGAAAACCAGCUUCUAAAAGGGAGGCUAUGUCUUUACACUGCUGUGUCAUUUUCUGAAUCAGAUUUUCAAAAGAAAUGUGUACUUCCUUUCAGGGAAAAGAUGCCCGAGAUGUAUGAUUUAUACAUGAAAAGUAGAAGCUGAAGAGAAAUCCCUACAGUGGAGACAAUGGCUGCAGAGCAAAGAGGGCAAUAUUGCUUGUCAACCUAAUUUUGGCUUGAAGAUUUUCUUUUAUUGUCUUGUCUAGGUAAGUGGGUCAACUAUCUUCAUUAUAUUUUGAAAGAGCACCUUCUAUCAACCCUGGUCAAGUGUGAGCAACUGGGCGUGAUGCUCUACAUGCAGUAGGUAUCUUUUGGCUUUUGUUGACAACUCUUAAAGGUGUCCAUUGACUCUUAAGAGUCUUAGUGAUGUACUUGUCCUGGGAGAAUGGGUACCAUCAUGAGUGUAUAAGUAAAAGAGAACCUAAAGUAUCCUCUGAAAUACUUCACGAAUCAACUUGUAUGUUUAAGCAUUCUAGCAUGACUGACCCUUAAUCUAUAUGAUAUACUUUUUUCCUAACUGGAAAUCACUUGACAUUUUCCAUUUUUGUAGUCUCAAAGCAGUCAUGGUAGUGUAGAAACUAGGCUGUCUGUGCCACAAACCCUGUACAAUCCAUUUCUUUUCUUUUCCUUGUUGAAAAGGUAUGUUAUUGCUUUAGCUCAAAGGUUCUGCAAUAUAUAGAGGGUAUUACAUAGUA